UCCCACUCUCUUUCAAGCUUCAAUCUUUCGUUAGUUCUCUCGAGCCGCAUUUUUGAAUCUUAAUCAUGGCUGAAAGAGGAGGAGGAGACCGCGGUGGCUUCGGCAGAGGUUUUGGCGGCAGAGGUCGUGGUGGCGACCGUGGCCGUGGCCGUCGUCGUGCUGGCCGCCGUGACGAAGAGGAGAAGUGGGUUCCAGUCACCAAGCUAGGGCGGCUCGUCAAGGAAGGUAAGAUUCAGUCACUUGAACAGAUUUACCUCCACUCUCUCCCAAUCAAGGAGCACCAAAUCGUAGAUACUCUCAUCGGACCUAGCCUCAAGGAUGAGGUUAUGAAGAUCAUGCCGGUGCAAAAACAGACCCGGGCCGGACAGAGGACCCGUUUUAAGGCCUUUGUUGUCGUCGGUGACGGCAAUGGCCAUGUUGGAUUGGGAGUUAAGUGCAGCAAGGAGGUUGCUACUGCUAUUCGUGGUUCGAUUAUUUUGGCCAAGUUGUCAGUGAUCCCUGUGAGGAGGGGUUACUGGGGUAACAAGAUCGGUAAGCCUCAUACUGUGCCUUGCAAGGUUACUGGAAAGUGUGGCUCUGUUACAGUACGUAUGGUUCCUGCUCCUCGUGGUGCUGGUAUCGUCGCGGCUAGGGUUCCCAAGAAGGUGCUUCAAUUCGCUGGAAUUGAUGAUGUUUUCACUUCUUCCAGGGGAUCAACUAAGACACUUGGAAACUUUGUGAAGGCUACCUUUGAUUGCCUAUUGAAAACCUAUGGUUUCCUGACACCCGAGUUCUGGAAGGAGACUCGCUUCACAAAAUCUCCAUUCCAAGAGCACACGGAUCUGUUGGCUAAACCUACUGUGAAGGCAUUGUUGUUGGAUGAUGCCGAGAGGGUUAACCCUUAAGAAGGGGCGAUAGAUUUGGUAUGGUUUCGAGAAAAGAAGAAUGUUUUUGUUAGGAACUCUUAUAGUAUAUGCUUUUCAGUUGAGUUCAUUUACUUUCAAGGAUAGUGUGUUAUUUAUUUCUUUAUGCUACUUGACUUUGUUUUUGUUUUUGUUUCUGAAUCCUAUGGCAUAAAGCUUGAUUUUGAUGAAUGCACUAAUUUUUCUUACAAG